AUGGCCUGGCGCAGCUCCGGCUCGAGCAACGCGGCCCUCGUCAACAACCUCGCCGCCAACGGGCUCAUAACCGACCCCCGCGUGAAGAAUGCUAUGCUAAGCGUCGACCGCGCGCACUACUCCCCCGCUCUGCCUUACGAAGAUAGCCCGCAGCGCAUCGGGUACUCGGCGACUAUCAGCGCACCCCACAUGCACGCCUCAGCUUGCGAAUCCCUCCUCCCCUUCUUGAAGCCAGGCUCAAAGGUCCUCGAUAUCGGCUCCGGCAGCGGCUAUCUGACGCACGUCCUUGCCGAGCUCGUCAAGCCUGGCGGCACCGUCAUAGGGGUGGACCACAUCCAGCCGCUCGUGGACCUAGCGGCGCGGAACAUGGCGAAGAGCAAGGAGGGGAGAGAGUUGCUGGAGAGCGGCACGGUGAAGUUCAUCAAGGCAGAUGGGCGAAAGGGCUGGCCGGAGGGCGCGCCGUAUGAUGCGAUUCAUGUGGGCGCCGCGGCCGCGGAACAUCAUGUUGCGCUGACGGAUCAGUUGAAGGCGCCGGGGAGGUUGUUUGUACCGGUUGAGGAAGGGUGGAUGCAGCAUAUUUAUGUUAUUGAUAAGAAAGAGGAUGGAAGUCUGGAGAGGAAGAAGUUGUAUGGGGUGCAGUAUGUGCCGCUGACGGAUGCGCCGGAGAGUUGA